AUGUGGUGGAUUUUUAUUUUUGUUCUUGCGGUGACCAGUGGAAAUGCACUACGAUUAGCAGCUUAUAUAUCAGCAGGUGGUCUCCAUGGUGAAAUACGCUUUGAGAAAGUAUCUGAGGAUACUGUUAAAAUUCGUACGGCUUUGCACGCUACUCUUCAGUAUCCAGAUCAGCAAUGGCUUUGGUCGGUGACUAGAUUCCCGGUGGAUUACUCCAAAAUCGAGGACCGCUGCUCGGAACAACAUCUGGGCGAGUCAUUAAUUGACCUGACAGAACUGGUGGGUCCGUUGACAAUCCCAGGAAACGAGUCAAUCAUCGUAGAAGUUCCAAACAUCAGCCUAACUGGAGAAAAAGGUCUUUGGAGCAAAGGAUUAAUAUUGAGAGACACUUACUCUCCUCGUACUAUUUGCACCUCAAUAAAUGUCCUGGAAACAAAUGCGGAAAAAAAUGCAGAGGCCCGGUUCCAAGGCCCCGUCGCAGGCUCAGUCUGGUUCAGGUGGCUGGGAGGAGACUCUAUUACAGACACAAUUAUAUACACCGAUCUCCAUCACACGUCGGAAAACAAAGCUCAGAGCGGCUUUACCGAGCAUCAUUGGAAAAUUUACGUCACUGAUAUCUUCGACUCAGAAAAAGAAAAAAACGACUGCAACAUCCUGCAGACUGUUUUUGAUCCUGAUGAUCUUGGUGAGGGAAAAGCUAUUGGAGAUAUUGACGCUCGCCUGGGAAAAAUAAAAGUCGCAACAGACACAAACAAAAAGUCCAAGGCUGCUUACAAAGAUCCAGUGAUUUCUUUGCUGCCAGCUGAUAUUCUUGGGUCUCAUCGCUCGCUUUAUUUGGUCAUUUUUCAUCCAACUCACAGCGAUUCGUUCCAUCCAACCUGGGUGAACGUUUCUUUGUCUCCAAUAAACGACUUAGAAACAAGACUGAGGUAUGAAACAAAAACAGCAGCUUACAAAAUUCACGAGCUGCCUCGUGAGCCUCUGGUGAGGACCAGAAACUCGGAACAAGAGUGUCUGAGUACCAAGGCAAUGUACAAUCCGUCGAACGUCGACGACAAAACCAUUCCCCCAGCUGGUCUGGGCACUCAGGACCAGUACGCUAUUGGAGACUUGUCUGGAAAGCUGCAAGGCAGGAAGGAAGGUUCUCAUCACAAUGAUAUUCUUCCUGGUAGCGCUAAACUCAGCGGAGCUUACUGGGAUACUUUUUUACCUCUGACUGGAGUUUAUAGUAUUUUGCAUAGAUCUCUAGUUUUGUACAAAUAUAAUGAGACUGAUAAUAAAGGUAUCAUUCCUUGGGUUUGUGGUACUGUAUUACAGCAUAUUUCUCAAACAGCUGGACAGAUGCCAAUGCUUACUGCUCAAGCUGUCUUUAGAUAUCCAAUUGUUGGUAAAAUAAUAUUUCGACAGCCUUUAAAUGAACCGGAGAUGGACACAACUAUUAUUAUUGAAAAUUUAAUUCAUUCUGAUGGACGUGCGCUUAAUAAUUCUGAUGAUCAUAGAUGGAUGAUACAUGAUCACCCUCCAGGCAGUGAUUAUUACAACUGGACCGCAAGAUGUCUCAGUGCAGGAAGUCCUUACAAUCCUCACAAAAUAGAGUUGGAUCCAAAGCAUCCCGAGCGGUGUUCAAUGAAUGAAAUUACUCUGUGCCGAUUGGGAGAUUUGACAAGACACGGAAUGCUUAAUAUUGCCGGGAGGAAGCUAGAUGGACCUCGAAUAACUCGGAAACUCUUUACAGAUUCGUCGUUGCCUCUAUCGGGGUCACAUAGCAUUUUAGGAAAAAGUUUGGUGAUCUACGAUGACCAUGGACCAGUUGCUCGUGGGGAGAGACUUGCUUGUACCAUGAUAAGUCGGGUGUAUAGAAGAAAAGCAGUAGUCAAAGAUUGGUUUGAUAAUGGCGUAGUAACAAAUGUAAAAGGCAAAUUGGAAUUUAUUCAACAAUCCGAGUACGACGUAACUGACGUAGAAGUGAUGCUAGAAGGAUUAGACGGACAAGUUAGUAGUUACCAAAUCCACAUGACUCCUAUUGAAAUGGACCUGGAGUUUCCUUGCGAAGCAACUUCUCUGUACGGCGUUUUCAAUCCGCUAAAUCUCAACAAGUCCAGCUUACCUGGAGAAGGAACGGUGGAUCAGUACAAGCUAGGCGACUUGAGCGGCAAGUUCGGAACACUUGACAAUAGAAAAAGAUACUCGACAACUUUCAAUGAUACCUUGCUUCCGUUAUUUGGGUAUGAAGGGAUCAUUGGAAGGAGCUUGGUGAUUCAUAAAAAGAAAAGAGAUCUCAGGUGGGCUUGCUCGUCUAUCGAGAGAGGAUACGCGCCCUUAGAAGCCAGAGAACUUCGGGCGAUAGCUUCGUUUCAUAAUCCUCAAGGUUUUGCUUAUGGUUAUAUCAGAAUGACGCAGUUGAUCUACAAAGAUAAAAGCCAGAGCGAAACAAUUAUUGAAGUCAAUCUUCGACAUCCAGGAGAACGUGAUAGAAAUAUAACUCGAAAUCACAAUUGGGCAAUUUACGUCAAUCCAGUUAGCUCCGAUAACGUCGUUCAAGUCAAGGACACUAGAUGCGUCGCUGCAGGAUACGUUUGGAAUCCUUAUUUCACUCAAUUAGCUGAUCCACUUAAUGAAGAACUUUAUAAACAAGAAUGUGGACCUGACCAACCACUUCGUUGUCACGUUGGUGAUCUCUCAGCUCGUCUAGGGCCAAUUGACAUUGGUCUUGAGCGUAAAAUAUUUAUAGACCAGAAUUUUCCUCUAGAAGGAACUGUUUCAGCUAUAGGAAAAUCGAUUAAGCUGCCGCAGUAG